CCCCUAAGUUAUCUUUAGUAUAAAAAUAAGGAGACGGAAAAGUUGAAGUGAAUUUAAAUUAUUAUUAGUAGUUUUUAAGCAUAUUUCUAAUAAAUAUAAGCGAUAUCUUAUAUUUAUAAUGUCGCUCUCUACUGAAAUGGAAAGAGCCCAUGAACCUCGAGAUGUUGACUUUUCAGCAGCUGGGAGAGGAGUUUGGCUUGUCAAGGCGAGUUCGUUUAUUUUCCCACUAACAAAAAAUAAAAUGUAGGCGAAUACUAAUACUAAUGGCAAUGGCCAAUGGCACAUGUUCAAAUGGACUUAGACUAAGUAGUUUUAAACACUCCGCUGUGGCUGCGUCAUUAUGUCUGGACUACAUACUACAGGGUGAUGUGUAGUCUGUGUGUUUUGAAAUCAGAUGUAGCCACUACUGCACAGCCUAGUAUUUUGUGUAACAAUGCCUUUGUGAAAUAUCAAUUUCAAGCAAUAUUUAGUCAUCAAAGUUAAAAUGAAAAGUAAAAAAAUGAAACAUUAAAUCAUUUUAAUUAUUAAGAAUGAAGGCAAAGACUGUGCAAGAUAAUUGGCUAGGUCGAGAUAUUUAAAUUGAAUAUGAUAUGAUUAUUUUAGCCCCAUCGUCAGUGUCGCUACUGUCACUAUUACUAGUACUAGUAUGCUUUGGCUUUGGAUAUAACAUUAUAAUAUUUAAUAUUGUUGCUAGUAACUAAUAUUAGGACUAUUAUGAAUGUAUUAUAAUAGGGCCUGAUAAUCAAAAAGGUAGGUAUUGUGGACUAGACCUAGACCAGAGAUUCAGGUAUAAAUUAGAAACUUUUUGCUUCACCUGAGCCAUCAGAAAUAUUUAAUUUCAAUUUAACAGGCUUGAGACUCAACAUUUUAGUAUAGGCAUAGGCCUAAAAAUUUUUAAAAUAAAUAUGUAAAUAUAUUUCCUAUCUCAAAACUAAAUUGCAGUGCCUGGCGAACCGGGCGAAUAAUUCACGAGAUAUUCGUCCGGCCACCAGGUCACAUGACCGAUGGAACAAAGUUGGACGAGAUAUUUGUCCAUCAGUCUUGUCACGUGACCCCUAAUAGUCGAUCAUAAAACUGGCAUCGGAGAUGCAUGGGGGAGGGGGGGUAGAGGGGCGGACAAGUAAACCCUCAAUUUCAAAUUAGUGGGGGGGGGGGGGGNGGGGGGGGGGGGGGGAGAAGCAAUGCAUACUUGAAGGAAGAAAUACUGAGAGAGAAGGGAUAAAAAUGAUAGUGAGGGUGAUAAAUAAUUAAAGUGAGGAGAUCGAAAGUUCACAAAGAAAAAUACCCUAUAUCUUAAUAAAGGGCCAAUAUAGUGUUCUGUUGGGGUAGCCUACUUCUCACGCAAUAUUAAUAGCCUAAAUCUGAAAUAAAACUUUUUUGACAGUAGAUCUUUUGACAGUCAACAGGCAAGUAUUGGUCUUAUUUUGUUUGAUUCAUAUUUUAAUUUUAGGGUACUAGGUAGAGAUUUAUAAGAUAUUUAAACCAAGAUAACAGACUUUUUAUUUUUCUGGCGACCUCUUGUCAUAUUACAUGUCUGCCGGAAUAAUAACGCAUACUAGUCGUCCGGCUGUCACGUGACAUACCUGUCGGAAGAAUAUCUCCUGUACUAUUUGUUCGGUCGCCGGGCGUGUAGACACUGAAAAACUAAAUUUCCCACCAGUUUUCAAGGUGUCAUUUGCCCCUCAUUGGGAAAUACGAGACUCUAGUUUUGUUUCGGUUGCCUCCUUUAAACAAAUCUGUAAGAAAAAGUUAAGCUAGUAAGGUUAGUCAUUUCCUUUUCACUGUGGAAUGGUUGGUGUGUAUAUCCUGUAUAAAUUUCAAUAUAUUUUUUGUAUUUAAAAAAAUUAUUAGGUGCCAAAGUAUCUAUCAGAGCAGUGGAAAACUUGCCCAAAUGGAACUGAUGUUGGCAAACUGAAAAUUUCAAAAUCAAAGUAAGUUUAAAUGAUAAUAAUUAUCUUGCAGUAGUCCCCACUUCUCUCUUUGUCUGUUACUUUCAGUGUGCUUCCUAUAGGUGAAUCACAGCCUCUUGUCCCUUGUGCUAGACCAUGUCAGCAAUUACUAGAGAAUGCUUGUGUAUUUAAGUUUCUAUAAAAUAUAAUCUUUUUUGUACGGUAAGGUCUAAUUUAGUCUAUUUAAAGAAAAACAAAUAUCUAUUUUGUACUUAGGAUAAGCAAUGCUACUUCAAUUGUGAUUAUAACUCUGCAGUGAGCAUAUGGCUUUCUUGUUGACAUUUUUAUUUUUUAAAAUUUAACAGUUAAUUAGUUCAACUAUGAUCUUGAUCCAUGCACCCUUUAGCCUGAGGCUGUUGUGAACGAUUUGGAGCUUUUAUUCAGUUUGCCUUUGUCCACAAAGGGUAUUAGUGGUGUCAUCCCCCCCCACGACAUAUCUAUAGUGACAUGCCGAUUAAGAGAUGCUGCCACUGAUCUCCUGGCAUUAACCGGGGUACAGCCCCACCAUGUAGGGGACCUGGGUGGGGAGACAAAGGUCUUGCAUGGUAUCUGCCUUAGAAAGAGUACAGCUGAAAGUAUGGUACAUACCCAAUUACAGUUAGAAUUAAGGACAGAGAAAGUUUAGGAUCAUGAUUACUAGUUACCGCUAAUGGAUGGGUGGGUAGUGGCAGGCCAUGCCGAAGAUUCUAUCACUCUGCCUUUGAGGGGACUGUUCCUAGACAGCUGUUUCCACCCGGCUACGAGGUAAAACCCAUUCGUAGAAACCCUAUUAGAAUGCGUCUGAUGCCACCCCAGGUUGGGAAGGUGUUAAUAACAAGGAUUAAUAUAAUCAUUCCUGUAAUAGAAAGUUCAAGUGCUGGUGUCAUAGGGGCAACCUUACCAACUGACAAGGUAAUCCUUGAAUGAGAUUGUCCCUCUUGUUUGGUCAAUAAAGUGGACUGCAGGAGGGGCUGGGAAGUGCUUCCGGCAUGUCGUUUCAUGGCCCGAUGUUCCACAUUUCUGGUUUGGUGGGAGUAUGCUGGGUAGGCUCUAAUGAGCUUCAGCUUGAUAGCUUGCUGUUUUUUUUAAGAUAAUAAAUUAGUGGUUGCCUGUCAAUUGUUGUUGAACUUUUAGGUGUAAGUACAGGGCAGUGAUUAUAUACCGGUAGCUCUUAAAUUUCAAAAUUCCGGUAUUUAACAAAAAUUUUGAUUUUGCAUUUAGAUGACUAAUGCGUAUUUUAAUAUAUAACUUUAUAUGUGAUAAUUCAACUGAAGUGUUUUCUUUCUUUCAGACCCACAGGGAAGCCUGAUAUUAUUUUUACAAGCUUUGACGUGACCUCAAAAUCACGACCGACUAGUCAUGAUGGUGUGGCACAGAUGGCAGGGCCAUCUAUUAUUCAGAAACCAUCUUCUGGCAUGUCUGGGGCCAGGAAUCAUCAGUUUCUUGUCACUAAUGUUGGCAAUCAAAAUCUUGUAGUUAUGUCACAAUCAAAGACAGGUAAACAAAAAAAGUAUUCUGCUCUAUUAAGCCUGUAUGAUAAAUUUUUUCACAAGGUAAAGUCUUUAGUUACUCGGUAACUAAGAUUCACCAUUUUUUUUUUCUCUGAAAAAAGAGAUUAGUAAAUGGCUUUGUAUAUCUGUCUUCUAUUUAAAAAAAAAAAAUUAUUUUAGAUUUGAGACCAGAUUAUUAAUAUAAUAUAGAUGUUUCAUUGAUAAUUAUAGCUUUAAGAAUUAAUGAUAGCUUUAAUGUCAUGAUUAUGUCUCUUUUGAUAAUAUUUUUAUGUACAGCGUGGUGAGCCCAGCCCUAGGCUGGGGUACUGCGCUAUAAAAGACCACAAAUUAUUAUUAUUAUUAGUUCUCAUUGACAUGUAUAUACCAGUAACCAAUAAUAGCUUUAGUUGUCACUGACGUGUGUACCAGUAAUUAAGCUUCCAUUCUCCAAACCUAAUAGUCAUUUAUACAUUUUCAGAUAUCAAUGGCAAAGAAUUGCCAAUAGGUAAAUACAAGUUCUUCUACAGGAAUAACUACUUUACUAAUUAGUUUUUAAUACGGUAUGUUUCAAGUAUGGGCAGGACUUUUUCUCCCUUAGCAUUUCAUUAAUGUGGUCUUCAGUGCCGAUGUUGUAAGAAAGUAAAAAAACACAGUUGUAUGGGGAAAAUGGUUAUCAUUAAAAUACAAUGCACAUUAGUAAGAGAAAAGCUUUUAAAAAUAAAAUACUUUUUUAAGGACAAAAUUUCCUUAUAAAUUAUGAAACCAAAAUGUUUAAAACUCUUUCAGAGAAAAUCAGCAUUGAGGGUAAAGUUUUGCAGAGAGCUGAGUGCCACCCAAUAGUAGAUGCACAGUACAGACAGUUAAAAAAGUAAGUGACAUAGUCAUGAGUUGAACAAAUGAUGCUUAUGACUGGCAACUUAAUUUUAAUGUUAGAUAAAAGUAAAUUAAGUUAUCGCUCAUUUGAUAUACCACACUGGACAAGUCUUCAUUUAGACUUUCAUCCAGGUCUGCACGCUUUCUCUUGUAUAUCGCUUUAUUAAUUAAAUAUCUGUCAUUUCAAAUAAGCUGGGUAACAACACCGUUUCACAGCCCAACCACUUGGCUUUUGGUUAUUUUUAUGUCCCCCCGAAAAAGUAUUUCUUACUUCAUUAAAAAAUUGUAUCCUUUUAAACUAAAUAACAUCUGCACCCUCUCUGAUUUUGUGAAUGUUCUUUUAAAAUUCAUAAUAAAUUUAAACAAAAUGAAAAAGCAUUUUAAAAAAAUAAUUUUGUUACAUGAGGGACCCUUCUUAUGAACUAAAAGUUCCCUAAAGAAAAUAGAUUUAUUGUGAACAUUGAUUACAUGGAAACCCACAAUAGAAAAUGGACAGAAAUCUAUUGAACAUGUUUUAGAAUGUGAAAUAAUUAAGUUCAAUAAGCUGUAAUCAAUUAAUUAUCAUUUAUAUUAUUUGCUUACUCAAUACAAUUUGAGAGAUUCAUCAUUAGUAAUCUGUGUGUACAUUUAAUAACAGCAAUUCGAUGUGUUCAUUGUGUACAUUUAUUGAUGGUGCGAUGAGCCUGAAUAAUUUCUUUUUGUACUAUUUCUUGGCCAGUGUGAAAUGUGGAUCUAGGUUUCUCUUCUAGGAAUUACAGUCAUUUCUAAUAUCCACUUUCCGUUCAAACAGAGAACAAGUCCAAGCCCAGAAUACCCCCCAAAGACAGAUAAAAUUGCUUCCAGGCAUUGUCCAUUCCUACAAACCAGUCAGUGAUCACUUCAAUGUGAGUGCUGAAAAACACAAAAACACAUCUUACUUGAUUUAUUUAUGUUCAGUCUACUGUUAAAUAAUAAUUUUUUUUUUUUUUUAAAGACCAGAAUGUCAUUAUCAUUUGUUUUCAAAUAUCAAUAACUACAGUUCUGAGUGUUUUAAAGGGAAUAUUUUGUUAAGAUAACCUAUUACUAUUGGCUUUUAUAUUGAAAAUAGAAAAAAAUAUAUUAUUUACCCUAACAUUGUUAAAGAUGUUUACAAUGAACAGUUUUCACUGCAUGCUUUUCUUAUUUGUCUCUGCAUCAACUGGAAACUCUACCCACAGAAUGUGUGCCCUCGUCAGAUAAUCAGAUAACAUUAUUAAAUAUAAAUAAGAUUAACCAGCAUGGAGUAAUAAAGAGUGUACAAAGUACUAACUUGAUUAACCAGCAUGGAGUAAUAAAGAGUGUACAAAGUACUAACUUGUUUUGUUCUCAGUUUGAAGACAAGAAGACUAAAAAGGCAGAGAAAAGAUCCAGAGCAGAGAAGGACAAGGUCAUGGAUGUCCUGUUCAAUGCAUUUGAGAAACAUCAGUUUUACAAUGUUAAAGAUCUUGUCGGCAUCACUAAGCAACCUGUGGUAAGGGCGUUAACUUCAGUUCUUGGUAUGAUGUCAUUGUGACAGUCACAUUUUUUAAUCUGAUUUUUAGAAUAAUUUUCUUAUAACAUUGCCUUAUGAAGUUCAAUAUUUACUUAUACAUUUUAUAAGUUUUUUAGUUCUGAGAGAGAUAAAAUGUGUUGAUUUAACCCUAAUUAAAACCUCCAUCAGUGUAUAAAACCUUUUCUUCAUUGUUCCUCUUUUCUUUCCUUUUACUAGCCCUAUCUCAAGGAGAUAUUGAAAGAGAUCUGCAGCUACAACAUGACAGCCCCUCACAAAAAUAUGUGGGAACUGAAACCAGAAUUCAGACAUUACAAAUCGCAGGAUGAAGCCACAUAACCUUGCCAUUUUCUGUGUUAUUAUGUUAAUAUUGUAAGCUUUACAUUGCAUAAAUGUUUUCAUAUUUGUAAAUUUAUUUUUAAAAAAUCAAAUAAAAUGAAUAGUUUUGACAAGGUUUUUUGUUAGACGUUUUUUUUUAAAUUUUACAUUUUGAGUUUAUUAUUUUCUUUACAGACAUGAAAAAUUUGCUAGUUAGAGUUAGAAGUAUUGCAUUGGUAAUGGGGUGGGUGUACAUUAUUGCAAUCCAUGUGCUAGAGGUUGGUUUAGCGAUUAAAUUUGGGAAUAUUGAUUUUAGUGGAACAAUAUUGUUCCAUUGCUUUCUAUCUUAGCUCACCCUUUCCGACUCUAUCACCAAUUGUAUCAUGAUAAUCCAAUUUCACUGCUGUCUCGAGAAGUCUAUGAUAAGAGACACUGUCCUGUAUUUCACAGUCUGGCUUCAACUCAGGGUACCUAACCCAAUCACCAACAGACACGUCAAAUUUUAUUUGGCUAAAGAAGAAGAAAAAAACGUAAAAUUGUUUGUACAAUUAAAAUUGUUAAAAUUUUUCCAAAUUUCAUAUCAGGCCUAUUUACUAUUUAACAUUUAGUAUGAAUAUAUGUUCAUAAUUAUAAAUGAUAUUGCAGUUUGAAAACUGCUACUUUAUAAUGAAUUUUCUUACCUUCGUUUCUGUUGGGAAAAAACAAAGGAAUUAUUUUCUUAUUGUUUGGAUUGUCCAGAUGCCAGAUCCAGAUAUUUUGAGACCAUACCCAGAGGAUCCGAGUCUGGAUAUUAUAUGAAUUAUCUAUAGAAAAAUGAGAACUGUGUUCCACUGAAUGGGGAAAGUGAAAAAUGCAUGUAUAGAACCAGUAGCAAUCACAAUUAAUUGUAACCUAACAAGGUAAUGUUCCUGGCAAUAUUAGGUACCACUCACUAGUCAGUUUUCUAUUAUUAUUUAUUUAAUUCUUAGAGUUAACACCCCGACUCUGUUCUGGGUAUUUCAGCCCUAGUUUGGAUCAGCUUGGCGCUGUGAAUCGGCAUUCUCAAAAAUGGAAUGCAUAAAGUCAAAAUACAGUCCCUAAAUUGUUAAUUUAAAUUGAGAGGCAGAGAUGAGUUGUGCCUUGAGUACGAGAAUUGAACAAACAUUUUAGCAGUUUGUUAAUGAAUAAGAAUGUAUACAUUUUGCAAUCAGGUUUGGUUACAUUUGAUUAAACAGAUUAUUUCAGCA